AUGUUUAGCUAUUCUUUGCCGAAUUUACCUGAUUCUCUACAUUUUUCGCACUUAUUAUUACUAACAUUAACAGCACCACCAGCGAAUUUGAAUCCAGAAUAUUUUAGCUCUCUGAUGAGUCAGUAUGGACCUGUUGCCAAUGUUAAAAUUCUGCAUCGAUCAUUAAUGGAAUGUCGAGUCUUGGUCGAGAUGGCUAAUAUUGAGGCAGCAAAGAAUGCCAAAAAAGCAUUAGAUCAACUUUCAUCGAAUUUCAUCAAAUGUUCUUACUAUUAAGAUGAUAAACUAAUCCCACAUGGCUCAUUCACGAUUGGCUCUUAUGAAACUAUCGAAGAUACAACUUCAAGUACGUUUAAAAAUAGGCAUUCCACAUCAAUUAAUGAUAUCAUACAAGAUGGAGACUCUAAACCACACAGCUCAACUGUAUUGCCAAUCAGUUAGAAACUCAUACCUUCUCAAAAAAACAUUCAAUCAACGAAAACAGUGUGCUUAAAUGGAAUUUCAGGAAAAGAGUUGGAUGCGCAUAAGUUAUACAAUAUUUUUAGCAAUUUCGGUAAUGUAGACAAAAUUAUAUUAAUAAAUCUUAAAAAUUUUGCUUUAGUAAAGUACUUAAAAGAAGAUCAGGCGUAUUUCGUAUAUUAGAAUUGUCAGAAUUUAUCAUUUUUCGAAAGUUCUUUAACAAUCACAUUCGCUGCAGAUGAUUCAAUUGAAAAGUUAGUCGGUCUGGAUACUUUAUAUAGAGACUAAGACUAUUACGUUGGAUCUCAAGAUACUGACAGAUUCAAUCCAAAUAACAAGAUGAUUUUGCUGCCUCCCAGUCAGGUUCUCCACAUCUCCAAUCUGAAGAAGGUGUCCUCCAAUGCAGAAACCAUGUGGGAUAUAUUUUCUGAAUUCGGUGUUGUCGAAGCAGUCAAAGUUCUAAAUUCAUAGUUUAAAUUUAUGUGUUUAAUCAAAAUGGAAACUCUGAAGCAGGCUUUGGAAGUCAUGGCACUGAUGCACAAUGAAGAGGUGGACGGGAGAAAUAUUUAAAUUUCAUUCACCAAAGCCAAAAUUUGA